UACAUAGAUGCAUAGAUGUUUUUGCUUUUUGUUUGCUCAGUGGUCAUUGAAAUGAAAACAGCUGAUUGUUUCGUUUUAACCUUAUUCGGCAGAAGUAAAAAACUAAGUACGUUCUGCGACAAAUCUGUGACAACUUCAAUUUGUUACGUUAUUUGCUAAACAUAGGAAUUAGUUGUAAAUUAUGGCCAGUUCAAUCAGCACCACUGGUAACGAUUAUAAUUUUAAAGUGGUUUUACUUGGCGAAGGAUGCGUCGGGAAAACUUCUGUUGCACUGCGAUACGUCGAAGAUACCUUCAAUGCUAAACAUCUUAGCACACUACAGGCCUCAUUUUUAAAUAAGAAAUUAACUAUAAAUGGAAAGAAGGUAAAUUUGGCAAUAUGGGAUACAGCAGGUCAAGAGAAGUUUCAUGCACUUGGACCAAUUUAUUAUAGAAUGUCUAACGGUGCCAUUUUAGUUUAUGAUAUUACGGAUGAAGAUACCUUUCAAAAGGUGAAGAAUUGGGUUAAAGAACUGAAAAAAAUGUUAGGUAGUGAAAUCUCUUUAGCAAUUGCGGGGAAUAAAAUGGAUUUAGAAAAAGAUAGGAGCGUCGCUAUAGAAGAAGCUGAAGAAUACGCGAAGCAAGUAGGAGCUAUGCAUUUUCACACUUCUGCGAAACUAAAUCAAAAUAUCAAAGAAAUGUUUCUGGAAUUGACAAGACGAAUGAUACAACACGCGGAUGAGGUUGAACAAAAAUCGACGCUAACAAGGACAAGUAGUACACGACGCAAUGUUGUUGUAGUAGAAGACGAAGCCGAAGAAACAGAACCAGUUAAGAGUUCCUGUUGCGGUGGCUCUUCACAAGCAUCUUAAUUUCAGAUGUUUACCUUGUGAUGAUUUCUAAUUCUAAUCAUGUUCUAUGUAUAUAUAAAAAAUGUAAUUGUUUUGCAGGCUACUGUAAUAUUUUUUUCAAAUUCUUUUGAUAGUCUUAUAAAAUGAUCAUAUCAUGAUUAUGAAAUUACAUUAAUGAAUUUUCUGUAUUGCAUCGAUACAAUGCAGAAAGAUAUAUUAUGAUAAGUUUGUACAGAUUUAAUCAUGGUUUUUGUUUACAUUUUGUACUGUAAACAAAUAGAAAAUGUUAUAAUUUUUCUUAAUAUUGUUUAAUGCCACUAAACAAACGAAUAA